AUGGGGGAUCGGAUGGUGGCUCUUGUCACCGGGUGCGCCAAGGGUGGCAUAGGCCACGAGUACUGCAAGGCGCUGGCCGAGCGGAACUGCCGUGUCUUCGCCUCCGACAUCCCUCGGCGCAUGAAAGACAUGUUGGAACUUGAGUCCAGCCAUGGCGUGGAAGCCCUCGAGCUCGACGUCACGUCCGACGAAAGCGUGGCGUCGGGGAUCGAGGGCAUCAUAUCCAAGUAUGGCCGGAUCGACGUCCUCAUCAACAAUGCUGGGAUCGGGAGCGUGGGGCCGCUGGCGGAGCUGCCCUUGGAGGCGAUCCGGAAGGCUUGGGAGAUCAACACACUAGGGCAGCUUAGAUUGGUCCAGAAAGUGGUGCCCCACAUGGCGGCCCGGCGGAGCGGCAAUAUCGUGAACGUGGGGAGCGUGGUUGGGACCGUGCCGACCCCUUGGGGCGGGUCGUACUGCUCGAGCAAGGCCGCGGUGCAUGCCAUGACGGACGCCCUGCGGCUGGAGCUCCGUCCCUUCGGCAUCAACGUAAUCAAGGUGGUCCCUGGGGCGAUAAGGUCGAACUUCGGGAGCGCAACCACGGAGAAGCUGGGGGCUCACGGGUGGAGCCUGUACAGGCCUUUCGCGGAGGCGAUCGCGGAGCGUGGGCGGGCUUCGCAGGGUGCAAAAUCAACGGACGCCACGACGUUCGCAAGGCACGUGGUGAGCAAGGUCUUGAGCCCGAGGCCGCCUCGGCAGAUCGUGUUCGGCCACAUGACCGGCCUCUUCGCCGUGCUCUCUUGGUCGCCGCUGUGGGUGAGAGACCUCUUCUUCUCAAAUCGGUUCGGCCUGAAUAGGAAGCUCUAA